UCACGAUCGAAACGCCUGAGCAAACGUUGAAUGACAUGAAGACACUCAUUAAGCUGGGACGCCUUGCUCCAACCACGUACGAAGGCACUCAUCCAGAAGCCGGACUUGGUAUAUCCGAUGAAUGGAUUAAGAAUGCUAGGGAAACUUGGCUAUCAGACUUUGAUUGGCGGGCCCAUGAGAAGCGCAUCAAUUCUUUUCCGAACUGGAAAGUCAACAUUACGGACGAUGAUGGAUCUAUUUAUAAUGUUCAUUUCAUUGGUGUCUUGUCUGACAAUGCCAAUGCUGUUCCCCUGGUUUUGUUGCACGGGUGGCCAGGAUCUGUUUUUGAAUUCCUUGACAUCAUUUCCAUCCUUCAGCAGUCGCAAUCCCCGUCAUUUCACAUCAUUGCGCCUUCUCUCCCCGGCUAUGGUUGGACGUCCUGCCCGCCCCCGCACGUCAAUUUCAACAAUACGGGAAUAGCGAGAAUCGUAGACAAAUUAAUGACCGGGCUCGGCCUCCGAGACUACGUUGUUCAAGGGGGAGAUAUUGGCUCCCAUGUCGCACGCGUCAUCGGAUCAAAAGUCCCGGACUGCAGAGCUGUUCACCUCAACAUGUUUUUCGCUAGGGAGGCACCCGCAGAAGGAUUACCUCUUACGCCUGCGGACGAAGAGAGAUUCAAAGUCUCACAAAAAUUCAGGAUGACAGGUUUGGCAUAUGCAAUGGAGCACGCCACUCGGCCUAGCACCAUUGGUCAUGUGUUAAGUAGCAAUCCUAUCGCUUUGUUGGCUUGGAUUGGCGAAAAGCUCAUAGAAUGGAGCGAUUCGACUCCAACGUUGGAUACCAUUCUUGCGAUGGUGACGGUUUACUGGGUAACGAAUAGUGCUUCGACUAGUCUCUACCCAUAUAGGGGUUCAGGCGACGAUCCUUCAGCAUAUAUCAGCAUCAAGAAGCCCCUCGGAUACUCCAUCUUCCCUAAGGAGAUCGGAUCUUAUCCUCCAAGCUGGCUCGGUUACAACACGAACCUUGUGUUUGUACGAGAACAUCAAAAGGGAGGACACUUCGCAGCUCUUGAAUGUCCUCAAGAGCUUGCGGAAGAUAUUGUUGAAUUCGUCUCCACGUUACACAAGUUUGAAAAGGCCGGAUGAAUAUCCCCUUGUCAAGGGCAUAGCAUCUUGGCCAAUAACCUGAAUGUACGCAUACCAGUUGUAAAUAAAAGUAACAAUGAUGCAGUUGAGCGAUG